CUUCCUCCCACACACUCGCGACCAUCUGGCAACCCCACGCUCCCGAGAGUGUAAAAUUUGUUUACUGGCAUUUAAAUAUCCGCGAAUUUAGGCCACAACGCCUGACUCAUCCACCCAGCACUGAUGCCCGGAGCCACUAGAUGAGUGCCUGGAAGACCGGGCCACCGAACUUUCUCACUAGCCACAGAAUAAACACGGGAAACUAUGAGUUUGCACUACGCGGAAUCGGAAUCUUCGCAGUCAGAGAGCAAAAUGGACAUCUCGGAGACGCCGACGGACUCCACGGGCGUCUCGCCACUGGCGGAUGAUCUUGUGCCAACUGCGCCGCAAAAGAAUAUCCUUGAAUUGGAGCAGGAAAAGAAGGACCAGGACCACAAUCGCGACAAGGAGGAGCUGGAGUUUAAGACGAGCUCCACUUUGGACAACAGAAUACUGAGACCGGAGUUGCUGCCCAUCGAGACGAUGCCACAACGACAGACCAUCGAGCGCACCCUGGCCAACAGCCAUCCGCUGAUGUCGCCAACCAACACGGACUCCGAUUCGGAGCCCUUCCAGCUAAAAAAGCAGGAGAAACAGCCGCCGCGGAGCAACUUUCCGGACGUAGUGCCCACCACGGAGACGGUGCAGGUGAAGAACAACCUGAAUCAGGCGCGGAACAAGCCGCAGGACGCCAAGGUCAGCCUGCUUAGGGCCAACAGUCCGGAUAUCCUGAGCAGCGAGUCGGAUGCGGAUGUGUCACAGUACUUGGCCGCCGUGGAGUCCAAUUUUCAGUCUGUCUCCCUGAUGCCCAAUGGCAAUGGCAAGAAGUCCAAGCGAUCGACUGCUCUCCCCGGUGGCGAGGACAUAUCCAGCCUGGAUUCCAUCUCAAAUCACAGCUUCGACGACGAUGAGGACAUUGAGCACAAUCUGGCCUCCUUGAGUCCUUCGAGCUCCCUGAUCGAUGGUUUAGACGGAGAGGAUGACGACGAUGAUUGCGAGGGUCCGGAGCUGCUGCCCGACCACGAUGACGACCUGGAACUGGACCUGGAGUUCGGUUUGGCCACCACGCCCACGCCAAUUGCCCCGGCUUCGGGCACUGCUGCCUCCAGUCUACCACAAUACACGGCUGCUGAGGAAAGACGCGACUCGCGGAAUUGGCAAAAGAUCACUUUACCGGACGGACGCACUCGGGAGAUCGACAUGCGUGUCAUCGAGCCCUACAAGCGUGUUCUGUCCCACGGCGGAUAUCUCAAAUCUGGCGGCCAGAACGCCAUAGUCAUCUUCUGCGCCUGUCACCUGCCGGAUAGGUCAAGGGCCGACUACAGCUAUGUAAUGGACAACCUGUUCCUCUACGUGGUCAAGACCCUAGAGCAGCUGGUCACAGAUGACUAUGUGCUGAUCUACUUGCAUGGCGGUUCCAACAGGCGAAAUGUGCCGCCUUUCCCAUGGCUCAAAAGAUGCUACCAGCUGCUGGAUCGUCGGCUGCGCAAGAGCUUGAAGCACAUGUAUUUGGUGCAUCCCACAUUCUGGAUUAAGUCCCUGGUGUGGAUGGCGCGGCCCUUUGUGAGCACAAAGUUCUGGCGCAAGCUGGUCUACGUAAAGUCCCUGGAGGAGCUGGGCUUGCACGUGGUUGUGGAGAAGGCGGCCAUUCCGGAGAAGGUCAAGCAAUACGACGCCAAGCGGCACUGAGGACCUGCGAUGACCCAGACUUGUUUUACUCAAAAAGCUAAUGCAAACGCAACGCAUUCAUGCCACACUCGCUACUCGAGCCUUUGCAUUCCCCAUCUUCAAUACGGACUAAGGCUAAUCCUCCAACCAAUUGUUUGCGCUCUCUCGCUAUGCUUUAAUUUAAGAUCUCAAUCUUUGUGAUACUUUAUGUUUGCCUUCUCUCAGUCGAGUCGAAUCCCCCCUGCAUUUUUCCGUGUGAAGCGUGAAGGCGUUCAGCAAAACAUCGAACAAGUUUUUGUAGUUCUUUAUUGGCAGUCGUAAAAAACGUAUUAGUAGACACAGACUCAUAUGUGCUAGGAUCCUAUAUAUACACCCACAUACAUAAUGAUACCAUGUAGUUAUCGUGUAGCUUCCGCUUCAUAUAUUUUGUAAUGGAACAGACAUAUGCAACCAGGAACCACCUAACUUCCGAACAUGUUACCUUUCUUUGUAGUUUCAAAAAGAGAAAACACGAAGUUGGAACACUAAACUGAACUUAAACAUAA